CUAAGAAUCUCCAGGUNUGGUUUAGGCCGUGCGUGUUCACUAACUGCUGAAGACUUGGAUGGGCUUACAAAUCAUUCACAUGGUAUGGAUCCAUCUCGUAAACACUACGGACAUUCGGGAAUAGUAGAGGCUGCAAGAGAUCUAUUUAUGCAAGUAGAAGGAGACCCCGGAGAGUCAGGAUCAAUUGGGUUCUUGUCCUCAUUGAUUGGUGAUGGGUGUGAGUGUGAUGGCUACAGCAUUCGCAUUGUUGGGCAUUCUUUAGGAGGUGCUAUCGCCUCAUUACUGGGAAUCAGACUUCGUUGCAGAUUCCCUAACCUAUAUGUAUAUGCCUAUGGACCCCUCCCAUGUGUAGAUUCAGAGGUAGCAGAUGCAUGUUCAGAAUUUGUUACAAGCAUUGUACUCCAUAACGAGUUCUCAUCACGGCUUUCUUAUGGAUCAAUCCGGCGGCUCCAAGUAGCAGCAAUCAAAGUACUGUCUCAAGACCCAAAAGCUGAUACAGCACUCAUUUUCAGACUCGCACGCCGGUUUUUGUCUGCGAGCAAACACCAACGAGAAAAUGUGGAAGAAAAAACUUCUGAAGAACCAAUGCUAUCAACAAUUGUUAAUGAGUCACCGGAAAGCUUGCAACAAGAAGAUCAAAUUUAUCCAAUAUGGGAAGAAGCUGAAGCAGAAAUGCAGCAAGAUGUCGAAGAGUUCAUAAACCCGUUUCACGAUAUGGCCUCAGUGGAUAAUCCCGUGUCUCAGUUUAUGGAAACAGUCCCAACAAGAGAAGAUGAUGAUGAUGAUGAAGCUCCCGAGAUGUUCUUGCCCGGUUUAGUCCUUCAUAUUGUACCCGAAGGAAACAACAUGAGUGUGCCGAUAUGGCGAGGAUGGCCAACCUGUGAUGUGACUGAUGGUUACAAAGCUUAUGUUGCAAACAGAGAGAGCUUUAAAGAACUUAUGGUUUCUCCAUCAAUGUUCCUUGAUCAUCUUCCUUGGAGAUGUAGACACGCGUUGCAGAAGGUUCUAGAAUCUCGGAAUCUCUUCUUCGAUCUGACAAGUGAACCUGAUAUAGUAUGACAAACAGGUUUCUCUAAACUUCGAUUAAACAACACAAUGUGCAUAUGUUUCUACUGAUACAAGUUGUAUCAUACAACAAACAACUGAACAUAAUCUAAGAACUUUUUCAUUUAUCUUCACUAAGAAUCUCCAGGUGCUAGGAGAAGGGAUCGAACCUUUGACUUGUUAGGAAAAUUUAUAGAUGUAGAUUAGUAUUUGCCGGCUGGUCGUUA